GCUGAACAUUAAAAUUCUCUGCUCAACAGACAUCAGAGGAGCAGCGGCGUCAGGUGCUACUGGACACUCUGGGAUUGGACCCACAGUUUCUCAGGUCACUGCCCUCUGACCUGUCUCACUUGGCCCUCCCGAUGGCUGCCACCUGCUAUUGGCUACAGAAGGCCACGCCCCCUCCACACCCGUCACUGCUGAGGGCCCUGCUGAUUAGCUGGUGCGAAGGUGGAAACCUCAGACCAGACGCAGCCAAGGACCCAGAUUUGAGGCAGAACUUGAACUUGGACUGGUGUCACUGGUUGAAUGAAUGGCAGUCAUGUUUCAGAGAGAGUUUUCUCCUGAAUCAGCUGCUCAAAGAACCUCUACCACAGCCGAUCAUUGCACAGCUCUACAAUGGAACGCUGAUUCAUGUCUUCACAAAAUGAAGGCAAGGAAACUGAAGAAAUUUGUCCCAGCUGAUCUGUGCAGUGGAGAACAUAGAGCAUACAGCACUCUGCUCGCCAUCGCAAAAACAUACGCAAGAAGGACAGAUGGACAACCUGAACA